AUGUCGCUAUGGUCACAUAGAACUCAAAUAUUUGUUUUAUAUGGUGGUUUUCCAUUGGCUGCUAUAAGUCUUAUUGGUUGUAUAAUGAAUAUAAUUACAUUUUCAUCUGUACGAAUGUAUCGUUCUCGAUCAUGUACUUUCUAUUUAUCCAUAGCAGCAGUUGCUCGAUGUUUACAUAUAUUAGUUGCAGGAUUAUCUCGUGUUCUUGCAAUUGGUUUUAAUAUUGAUCCAAGUAUUAUUUCUCCUUUAUGGUGUAAAAUGAGAUUAUAUAUGAUCAUAACUUGUUAUGGUAUAGCAGUUACAUGUGAAUGUUUGGCGACAGUUGAUAGUUUUUCAAUGACAUCACUUUUAGUUAAUAUACGACGAUGGAGUAACAUCAAACGAGCGCAUCAAAUUGUUGUUUGUGUAAUUCUUUUCUGGGCACUUCACAAUCUGCCAAAUAUUAUAUUUUUUAAUUUAAAUGCUAAUAGUUGUGUCAGUUCUAGUAGCAUUUGGUCCUUUUAUGUCAAUUAUAUUAUUAAUUGGGCUUUGAAUUUAAUAAUUCCAUUGACUAUUUGUACUGUAUUUGGUAUACUUACAUAUCGAAAUAUACGCACUUUAAAGGCAACAAAUCAAUUACAAAGAGCAGAACGUCAACUUACCCAUAUGAUUUUUGGACAACUAAUAGUAAUUAUUAGUCCCAUUAUGAUCUAUGUAGCUUAUUUUAUAUACGCAUCAUCAAUGACAACAUUAAACAAAACAACAGAACAAAAUGCUUUUGAAUAUUUUAUCUAUAAUGUUGUUAAUAUAAUAUUUGCUUUUAUUUAUGGAGUAUGUAUCAUAUUCUAUCGACAUAAUAUGUUAUCCAUACCGUCUAAUGCCGUUUCCUUCAUUAAAUCUCAAAAGGGCAAUAAAAUGUUGGUCAUGAAUGAUUACAUAUUUAAGUUCAACAAAACAGUGGGACCAACAAAGUAUUAUCGUUGUAAACAUUCGCGAUGUAUUGUGACUUUACAUACUGAUCUGAAUGACGUUAUAUCGAAAUUUAAUGGUGAGCAUUGUCAUCCACCUGAACCUGAAGAGAUCGAAAUUCGAAAGUUUAAAGAAGCUGUGAAAAUCGUGCUAAACUUGAAACUACGCCCAUCCCUCAAAUCUAUGAUGAAGAAGCAAUACGAUUUGACAUGUCAAAAUUAA